GCUCCUCAUGGCCGCGGGGAUGAGCUCGGAUGUGUCCGAUUCGGUGGCCCUAACGGCCGCCAGCAAUCCGGUGACACCCGGCUCCGGGCAGGUGAGGGUGCUGGGAGCGGUGCCCGCCCGCGGAGGAAAGCGACGCUCAGGACUGGAUUUUGAUGAUGAAGAUGGAGAAGGGCCUAGCAAAUUUUCAAGGUAUGCUCAUCAAAGUCCGUGGUGAUAAAGAAAAUUAUGCAAGAGAGAAUCACAGUGAAAUUGAGAGACGCCGUCGAAACAAGAUGACUGCUUACAUCACAGAAUUAUCUGACAUGGUACCAACAUGCAGUGCUUUAGCACGCAAACCUGAUAAACUGACGAUUCUUCGCAUGGCUGUGUCUCAUAUGAAGUCUUUAAGGGGAACAGGAAAUACUUCGACUGAUGGUGCCUAUAAACCUUCAUUUCUAACAGAACAGGAAUUGAAGCAUCUUAUUUUGGAGGCAGCAGAUGGAUUCCUUUUUGUUGCUGCAUCUGAGACGGGAAGAGUCAUCUAUGUAUCGGACUCAGUUACACCUGUUUUAAACCAUCCACAGUCCGAGUGGUUUGGAAGCACUUUGUAUGAUCAAGUUCAUCCAGAUGAUGUUGAGAAGCUCAGAGAACAGUUGUCUACAUCAGAAAGUUCUAUGACAGGUCGUAUUCUGGAUCUCAAGACUGGCACAGUUAAAAAGGAAGGGCAGCAGUCUUCCAUGAGAAUGUGUAUGGGAUCCAGACGUUCCUUUAUUUGUAGAAUGAGGUAUGGAACAGCUCCUCUGGAACACAUCUCAUUGAGUAGACUGACGGUUCUGCGAAAGAGAUACAGGAAUGGUUUGGGACCUGUGAAGGAAGGAGAAUCACAGUAUUCGGUGGUUCAUUGCACUGGAUACAUCAAGGCUUGGCCACCAGCAGGAAUGAACAUUCCAGAAGAGGAAUCAGAUGGUGGGCAAAGCAGUAAAUUUUGCCUAGUUGCAAUUGGACGACUUCAGGUCACCAGCUCACCUGUGUGCAUGGAUAUGAAUGGCCUCACCAUCCCCACCGAGUUCUUGUCCAGGCAUAAUUCAGAUGGACUCUUCACGUUUGUGGAUCAUCGAUGCAUCACUGUUAUAGGGUACCAGCCGCAGGAGCUCCUGGGAAAAGAUAUUGUAGACUUUUGCCACCCUGAAGAUCAAAGCCAUGUGCGGGACAGUUUUCAGCAGGUUGUGAAAUUGAAAGGACAAGUCCUAUCAGUGAUGUACCGUUUUCGAACAAAAAGCAGGGAAUGGUUAUGGAUACGGACAAGUAGUUUUACUUUCCAGAAUCCUUAUUCAGAUGAAAUUGAAUAUAUUAUCUGCACCAAUACUAAUGUAAAGCAACUUCAGCAACAACAACAAGCUGAGCUGGAAGUUGGUCCAAGGGAAGGUCUACCUUCCUAUGACCCUUCACAGGUCCCUGUUUCAUCUGUAUCCGCUGGUGUCCAAGAGCAUGGGAAAUCAAUGGACAAAACAGACCCAUUAUUUUCACAAGACAGAGACCCCAGGUUCAGCGAUAUCUACACUGGUAUUUCACCUGGUGAAAAGAAGACAAUGUCAUCACCGUCAGCUGCUGGAAGCCAGCAGAUCUACUCACAAGGAAAUUCAUUCCAGACAGGACGUGCAGGACAAACAUUCAGCACUUCAAUGGUACCUGGAGGAAACAUCAUUCAGCAGACAUCUUCAGCAGGUCAAAUUUUAGCUCAAAUAUCUCGCCAAUCAAAUGCCAAUCAGGUCUCUGCAACAUCCUGGACUGGAAGUCGACCGCCUUUCUCAGGGCAGCAAGUGGCCUCCCAAUCCAGUAAGGGACAGUCACCACCUUUUGCCAUGGGAUCAAGUCAUAGUUUUCCUGCAGACCCAGCUACGUUCAGCCCUCUCUCCAGUCCAGUGUCUACGUCUUCCCCUGGAGGACCCUCUUACACCAGCCUGGCAAAUCGAACCACUAGUUUUGCUGAGAGUGGACAAAGCAGCGGGCAGUUCCAGGGCAGAUCCUCCGAAGGCUCAGCGGUAUGGUCUCAGUGGCAAGCCCAGCAUCACAAUCAACAAGCCAACGAGCAGCAUACACACCAACAACAAGCACAACCUGAGGUCUUUCAGGAUAUGUUGUCCAUGCUUGGAGAUCCAACACAGGGCACUGGAAAUUACAACAAUGAGGACUUUGCUGAUCUAAGCAUGUUCCCAUCUUUUUCUGAAUAAAUACUUCAAUAAAUGUCCACCUGCUCAGUUAAAAAGUGAGCACUUAAAUGAAGUAAAUAUCUUCAGAUUAGGAACUAGAUUUCCAAAACUUGAGCCACUUAAAUAAAGCCAAAUGGAAUUAAUUCAAUUACAAUAGCUAACAAUAUUGAACAUUCCAGGCAAGAAACUGUGGACCUACAACAAACCAAUGAAUUGUAAUGAAUACUGAGGUGUUCCCAGAUAUUGUAAGAUUACACUCACCACUACCCAGUGAGAAAAUGGUUACAAUACCACAGAUAUUAUUUGACCAUUUCUCAACAAUUACCACAUUAUUGCUCUGCUUUUGCAAUGUAAUAACACUGAAACUGUUGGCAUUCACCAUCAGUACUCUGUGUAAAAUAACCAUUUCAGCAUUUCUGUAUAUGCUUUUAUAAACACAGAAGUCUAAAGGUCUGUCAGUGAUCUGCCCAACCAAUAAGUGCACUACAAUUCUGGACUUCUCAUGAGUUUGUUGUGAGAGAGGAAACUGGGCUAAACCUAGCAUUUACAUCACAGAGAACUCUGUGCCAGGUCCAAGGAGACUCCACUGAUUUGAAUAAAAGAAACCAACUACAUGAGCCUAAGGUAAAAGUCCAGUAAUUUAAAAAAAAACUUAUAGUUAAUUAAAAUACUCAUAUCUUUGCAGGAUUUUUUAAAAGUCUUGAAUGUCUUAAUUUAGAAUUUUUAAUGUUUAAAAUUGUUUAUUUUAAUUUUCUAAUCUAUUUAAGUUUAAUUUUGCUUUUUACAAUAUUUUAACAUUUUUGAAUGUCUCAGAACUUUUCAGUUUUUUUUUAAAGAUUUUAUACUUUGACAGCUCUGGUCAGGUCUGGAAAUGUUUCUUACUGGACAGUCAAUCCUUCUUUCAUUUUGUGGACAGGGCUACCUUCGACACAUGGUAGUCCUUAUGUCACGGAAAGUCCUAAUUAGGCACAGAGCCUCACCUAGAGAAUACUCCCUGUAGUUUCUGCAGAUUCCUACUGGGAGGAUUGCUUUAUUUUUACUGGUUAUUGUUGGGUUACCACUGAUUGCACAGUGUGCCCAGCGUUUGUGUCUGAGUUGUACCUGCUUUAUUAACAACUGCAAUGCAUUGCUGAGGAAGUGGGAAUCCGUACGAAGACGGCCACAAAAGGAAAAUUAUAGUUUGAUUGCAGAAUGCUUUUAAGUCAAGUAGACAAUGAAAUAUUUUAUGAUUCAUAGUUAACAAAAUAUAUAAAUCACAUCUGUGCCGUAGAGAACAAUUCAACAAGCCAAAAGUAUCUUUGCUUUGUACUGCAGUUGUUUGAUGUGACCAGCAUUUCCUUCUCCAUUUAUAUAUGAUCCAAUGUUGUUAACCACUGGCUUAUAAGAUAAAACUUCAGCUCUGUUAGAACGUCUUGAAAAGGAAAGUGGCCAAUACCUUGAAAAUGCCAGUUCCUGAAGGAAAGAGAGGGACCAACCAAUCUUCCACAUCACUUUGUCCCACCUGCCAAACAAAAGUACCAUUCUCCAACUUCUUAAGUUCACUCGAGAGAUAAAUCUCACAGCGGGCUGCAGCAGGCUGAUUAUAUUUGGUUCAUUUCUUUAAGGGCUUAUUUUUAUAUUCAUUAUAAAAAUUGAGAAAGAUGCCAUCAAAUUCAUGCUUUAACUUCAAUGUGCUGCGAUCAUUGUGUGAUGUUGUGAUGUUGUCUGAGUUUUCUGUAAGUCCUCAAUAAUGUUUCUCAGUUAUGCACUGGGACAGGGGUCUGUUUCUGUAUGUGUAGUACUAAUGGAACCAAUUAAACAGUUUAAGCAAAAACUUGGGAGCUUUGAUGUCACAAUGAAAAUGGUAGGAUGAGAUGGUAGUCACUCAAUUAGAAUUCAAUUAGCAUUUACUGACACCCAAGACAAAAAUAUAAUUUAGAGAUCCUUCCUGAACUCAAAAGAAGAGAAGCUGCUGAAGGUCUUUGAAAAGAACAGGUCACACUUAUUCCCACCGCUAUCUGUAAGGAGUUUGUACGUUCUCCCUGUGACCAUGUGGGUGUUCCGGUUUCCUCCCACAGUCCAAAGACGUACGGGUUAGUAGGUUCAUUGGUCAUUGUAAAUUGUCCUGUAAUUAAGCUGAGGUCAAAUCAGGGGUUGCUGGAAGGUCCUACUCUGUGCUCUAUCUCAGUAAAUAAAUUAAAUGAUAAACUUAUAGCCAGAGCGUCACUCCCUGAGUGCACUUAAUUGUGUUUGCACCAAAUAAUUUUCCAUUGUAAAUUGAAGAAUAUCCAAACUUUUUGCAUUUGGUAGAAAUGCAGACACUGUUGUUUUAAAAUAUAUCAGAAUAAUGGUUACCUUUUAAAAAUCUGUUUUUCUAAUGCUAUGUAUUGAUUUAUGCAGUUUAGAUAAUACUGCAAAUGCAAAAAGAAACUGGAGAUUACCUCCAAUUUUUCUGGCCAUCUUAUAGUUGAUAAGACAUUUUUUUCUUUGAAGAGCACCUUCAAAAACUCUUACAUUGAUUUCCUCUUCAUAAUGACAAUGGUUGUCCUUUCCUUUGCACUCCAUUCCAAUUGGUGAACAGACCAAAUGUGCAUGGUGGAUCAUCCGGCAGGGAAUACUGCUGCAAAGAUGAACACCUCCCACUACAAUUUAACUUUCUUCCCUCAGUUUGUUCUACAGUUGCUUACAGCAUAGGAAUCAAGUCUUUGCCAGUUUGCAGAACAACGUGUUUAAGUGUCAGUCUAGGAAAUAUCCCUAUGCAAUUAAAAUGUAAUUUCCACAUUUCUGCUUCCUGUGGUUUAACCAAAGGAAGUUACUCAUAAUAACUAAUAAAAUGUGUCUCUAGUAUAGGCAGUUAACUAGUGAAUGAGUUGCAUUGCACUAAAAGCACCAGAUAAACAAAAGGACUGUACUUUAGAGGAAACGUAUAAGAGGAUAUCUGCAUUUCACAACUUGUUGAGUUAAUGUGUAACCUUUGAGGCUGAACCCCUUCAAUGAACCAAACUAUUUUUUAAGGUUGAUGAUAUUCCAUCAAAUUAUUUCCUUUAUCUUUAACAAAAUGCAAAAUAAGGCCAGAAUAAUUAAAACACACAUUCUCUUCCACAAUCAAUGAAAUCCAUAUGGAUGGAACUAUUAAAGAUUAAAAUUAAUCCAUUCAGAAUUAGCUUCCUGUGCAAUCCAGUUUCUUACAUUUUAUUUGAGUUUUUUUCUCUCUUAUAAUUCCUUUUCAAUAAUGUUUAAUUAAACCUGCCAAUACUCAGCCAUUGAAUCUUUUGUUGACUCGUCACAUUAAAACCAAGAACAGAAGAACAAUAGAAAUGGAAAUAACAACAAAAAUUACAUUUCUAUGGUAACUUUAACCUGAAAUUUCCAUAAACAUCAUGAGUGAAGUAUCAAUCACAUAACCAAAAAUAUGGUCAAAGUUUUGAGAGUGACUUAAAGGGGAAGUAGAUAGUGUGAUUUGAGGAGAAAAUUUUGGAGCUCAGGGCUUAGUUGGUGUGGCAGUGCAUGACAGCCUCUGCCAGAUAGAAGCUAAGUCAGGAGGCAUAGAUUCCUAAAUGGAAGGAGUGAAGAUAUUGGAAAUUUUAGGCCUGGAAAGAAUCAAAGAAAUGUGAAUUUUUAUGGAGUUGGAGUUAGUGAAAGAACACUGUAAGAGGGUUAGGUCAUCUCAAUCCCUACGGACUGCCUAAGAAAAAAGUAGUACUGAUCCUCACCAAUCAGGAGGCUUCACUGUGAUAUUAAACCAAUAAUGAGACCAAUAUAGGCACCCAAAGCCCUACCUUCACAGUACAAAAUACUGUAGUUUUAUUUUUGUAGUUUCUCUGAGUCUGAGUGCUUCAAGUAGCAACCAAUUUCUCAUUGUCCCCACCCUCUGGAGCAGAUGUUCCUGCAGAAUCUUUGGUUCCAGCCAGAUUCAAAUGGAAAUCUGACUUGGCCUUGGUCAAUCACGAAUCAUAGACUGUGCAAACUUACUUAAGGUAUAAUUUCUGCAGCAGGAUCUAUAACUUAAUCAUGUUGAAAUUGUAGCUAUUUAAGAAAUAAUGAGCAUUGAAAUAUCUUGUUAAUUUAAACACCCUUGUCAAGUUGAUGUUUUCAUUGAGUAAUCUAUGUUGGACAAAUGUUGUCUGUAACAUAUUAAACCUGUUUAAUGUUAAAGCUUCUGCUUAAUGCAUUAGAUUAAAAGUUAAUUUCUGCAGAAUUUAAGUGCAGAAUGGAACUGUAAAUAGUUGUGUUAGGAGCACAGUGAAUCAAUGUUUAGCAAACGUUCUGUAUUUUCAGUGUAUUGUAAGUACUUCUGAAGUAAUUUCAUGUAAUGUAGUAUUCUAAUUUCUGCAAAAGUGCUUUUAUUUUUGUAUAUUGUAGUAUCAUUAACUAUGUUUCAUUAAGUAAAAAAUGUAACUCCACCAAUAAAUAUGCUUCUUAAGUCAGUAUAGUUAUAAAUGUAAUUGUGCAGACAUGUUUUAGAGAAAGGACAACUUUAAUAAUGAUUACUUUGAAGUAAUUUGCUGUGGACCAAGUGUUAAUCUUGGAAAAAUCCAAAUUGGAGGUUGAAAUAUCAACUCAAGUAUAUACUCUGCCCUCUUUUCUUCCAUUGAAUUUAACAAAAAGCAAAAUCAUUUGGAUCGUUUAACGUGGGUGGGUGGAAUGGGGUGGGGGUAUGUAACAGAUCAAGAGUGUGAUGGCCAGGUCAGAAUUGUUUUACCACAGCCAUUUACAUCGUCUUCAGUUUAACCUAUUGUUUAGAAAUUUGGAUCGGCUGGUAUGGUAGAAUUUCUUUGUUGACUGACGAAGGACAAUUUUGCUCAUACUACACAGGCUAUCUUAAUAACAUAUCAAUAACAAUGUACAAAACUUUGGUUUUAGUCACAUUGUGCACUUUCUAGCACAAAUAGCCACAAGAUUCAGAUACACGUCACACUUUUGAAGGGUGAUACUUAUAUAGAUAAAUACAACUAAAAUGGCACAAGUGUAAAGAUUUCCAAAUAUUGUUUAGAUUUUAUACUAUAAUACAUGAGGAUUCAAAACACUAAUCAUUUUAUUUCAGUCUUUCACUUGUGAGUUUUUCAGUUAUUUGUUUCUAAGGCCUGUGAUUUCAAAGUAGGACUGUUUUAAUUACCAUGCCUGUGUUUCAAAUAUAAUGUUUAACUAGAUUAUCAUUUUUAUUCAUUGGUUCUCUGUCAAAAACUUUAAGCUGCAAUAUGCUGGACAAAAUCAGUUUGUAAUUUAUCUGCUGUUACAAACAAUAUACAGUUAAUGUGAAAUAUUUAAUCAUAUGCUGUUGUCUAUGUCUUAACUGUGAUCUUUAAUUAUUAACGUAGCACACUAAAACAAAAAAAGGCAGAAGUUAAAGAAGUAAUUGGUGUGAUGUAUCUGUAAUGCUGCUAAUAAACUAAACGAAUAGCUAUUUUCUGUCCAUUCACUUGUCUUUGUCUACAGGAUCCUGGCCUGAUUUUUGUUGUAUUCAUCUUUGACUCAUGACUCAGUUCAGUAUGUUUUGAGGCGAUCUUUAGCCAGUUA